ACAUAUUGACACAUUUUCUUCCUAAUACUGAUAGUAAAUAAUGAUGCUAUAAACAUCUUCAAAGCUUUUGUUAUAUAUUAUACUUUGUGAAUUCCAAAGGUGCCGUGUAUGUUAACAGUAGUAAGCAUUCCCUCUUCUCUUCUAUUUGAAUCUGCUAUCACACCUUGGCAGAACUGGUUGACUUUAGUAUCAAAACUAAGCGUGUGGCUUAUUUUAAGCUGGACAACGAUCUUAUCACACUCGUGAGGUAUGUUUUUGAGUAGUUCUUGGAAAACUUGCAAUCCUAUAAAGUUUAUCAGCAAACAAAUCACUCGAUGCACCAGUGCAUGGUGGGACUUUGAUGCAGUUUUUCAUAUAUAAAUGCAACAUCGAAAGAGCGUUACUGCAGUUCCUUUGCAAUUGUAACACUAUGCAGAUGAGAUUCAUCAUGAAAUCGUUGAAAGUUGUUGUGAUUCUGGUGUUUGUAGGAAGCAACGUACAAGCGGAUACGUUUUUUGCAAACUCUUUUGAUGCCGUGAGAGGAUGUAAACAAUUCGAAAAUAUGGUGGGUUACAAUGAAUCCCACACAUACUUCCCGAUAGCUAAUCUGCAAAAUGUUGGUGUUACAAAAAAUUCUAAAUACUUUCGGGUGGCGUUCGUUGGAGCAAACGGUGCUCACACACGGUUUGGUGAAACGUUGUACCCUUACGAGAAGGACGUGAUAGAGAUCGUGAUCGGUGGUUUGGGUAACACGUGGAGCGCCGGCAGACGGCAGUUUCGAGCGGCAUCGAAUCAACAUAAAAACACUUUGCUCGGUCAAGCGCAAACACCAAAUAUUAUUUCGCGAAACCGUCCAACCGUGGUGGUGCUGGAAGUGUUCAAAAAUGGAAUGGUGCACGUCACCAUGGACGGACAGAUGCAACCGUUCCUAGCGUUCACCGACAGUAAGCAGAUUCCGGUAAACUAUAUGACCUUUACCCGGUACGGUAGUGAUGUGAUCGCGUUCUACGAUUGUCCGCUGUUGGAAGUUAACAGAUUUUAUAAAUCGUUACCCAUGAAUCAAACUGUCGUUUAAUAAUGGUAAACGAAUAAUGGUCGAACGCCACUAAAGGCACAUAAACUACAGUGAUGUAAAUCAAGAUGUUAUCAGCAUUAAACAACUGAUUUCAAUGAUUCAUGUUUAGCAUUAUAUUCAACAAUUCUUCUUGGCACAGUAGAUAAACAUACUUUAGAGCAGCA